UUUCUGGGCAAGCUGCAGACUGCCCCAGUCGGGGCGAGCAAGCCGGUCACCCCGGAGCAAGAGAGAGCUGCUCUCGGGAGACACGUCGCCCCCAAACGCAAGGAGACGACCUCCCUGGCUCUGAAGGACAGUCCUUUCAGAAUGCAGAAGCUGGUGCUGGGGAUACUGGCCGUGUUCGUCCUUGGAUUGAACGGCGGGCCCUGUGCAGGUGUCCCCGUGUACGACUACGACCUGCCCUCCCUGCGGCAGGCCCUGAGCGCCUCGGUGGCAGACGUGAACUCCCGGUCCCUGAGCCCGUUCCUGUUCCGGGCGUUCAGAAGCUCCGUGAAAAGGGUCAACAUGCUGGAUGAGGACAGCCUGAGCAUGGACAUAGAAUUCAGCGUCCGAGAGACCACCUGCCGGAGGGGCUCCGGGGAAGACCCCGCCACCUGUGACUUCCAGAGGGGCCACUACGUGCCGGCAGCCGCCUGCAGGAGCACCGUGCGGAUGUCGGCCGGGCAGGUGCAGGACGUGUGGGUGCGCUGCCGCUGGUCCUCCAGCUCCGAGUCGGACAGCAGCGAGGAGAUGGGUUUCAGGUUUAUCGUGGGGUCCUCCAGAUGGAGACACAGUGAUCUGUUUGAUCUUGCUCCUGGCGGGCCCACGAGUGAGCAGUUUUUUGGGCGGUCCCUUGAGACCAUGAGGAGGGUCUUUCCCCCCGGAAAUAGAAGGUCCCCGGGCCCUUGGCACCGAGCGAGAGUCUACUCGGGCUUUGAGUAGGAGCCUGGAGCAAAACAUGUUGGAAGGAAACGUGCCCAUGAAGAUGCUUCAGGAAGGGCGUCAUUUUCCCUUUGAUUGGUUGCGGUCCUUAAUAAAGGUCUUACUUUUUUCCUC